AUGGCAAAACUCAGCCUACUGCUACUACUACUUGUACUUGUCAUCUUCUUCACCACUUCUUUUUCUUGUCCUCAAAAUCAAAAACAAGCCCUUCUCCACUUUAAAGCCUCUUUCAACAAUGCUACUUCUUUUCCAUCAGACAAAGAAUACCUGCUUGGUCUGCUUAUAUCAUGGAAUUCCAGUUCAGAUUGUUGUUACUGGGACUUGGUCAGUUGUGAUUCUCAAUUUGGUUCAAGGAAUGUGAUUGCCCUAAAUCUGGGGAGCUUCUUCGGGAGACUUGAGCCCUUAGUGUUGGCUUCCACCAUCUUGACACCACUCUUUCACAUUAGAAGCUUGACGGACCUUGAUUUGUCCUGGAAUCGAAUACAGGGGGAAUUGCCUGGCGAUGGCAUUGCCAAUCUGACGAAAUUAAUUAAUCUUGAUUUGAGUGGCAAUCACUUCAACGGCUCCAUUCCCUCUCAAAUUUUUAACUUGAGGUAUCUCCAAUAUCUUUAUGCAGGUUAUAAUUCAUUCAAUGGAAAUAUCCCUAACGAGAUAGGGAACAAAACAAAGGUGCAGAGAUUGUUUCUUGAACGCAACAAUUUCUUUGGUGAAAUUCCGUCUUCAAUUUUGAACUUGAAGGAAUUGCAAUUGUUGGACUUGGGUCACAAUUCAUUGUCCAUGGAAAUUCCUAUUGAUAUUGGCAAUCUGUCUAACAUAAUCUACUUGAACUUUGGAGACAAUGAGCUCACAGGCACAAUCCCAUCAUCCAUAUCGAAGUUGAGGAAGUUGGAAACACUUCAGUUGGAAAACAACUUGUUCACUGGAGAAAUUCCAACAUGUUUGUUCAAUAUAACUGGGUUGAAGACUCUUUUGCUCGGAGGAAAUAAUCUCACUUGGAAUAACAAAGCAAAGAUUGUUCCAAAGUUUACAUUAUUAGCGUUGUCUAUGAAGUCUUGUAGUCUUGCAGGAAGAAUUCCAUUCUGGAUUCCUAUGCUUAAGACUCUCGAUUUUUUGGACUUGAGUGACAACCAGUUAGAAGGAAUGUUCCCACAAUGGCUUGUUAAAAUGAAAGUGACACGUAUCAUUCUAUCAAAUAACAAUUUCACAGGUUCUCUCCCACCUGGUCUAUUUAACAUUCCACAAUUAGAGGUUCUUUCUCUGUCUCGAAACAAUUUUUAUGGAGAACUGCCAAACAACAUUGGUGAUGCGACUUUUAUCAGGUAUCUUACGUUGGAUGGAAACAAUUUUUCAGGAAAGGUUCCUGAAUCCAUCAACAACAUAUCUGACCUCAUCUUAUUGGACUUGUCAAACAACAAAUUUUCUGGCAACUUUUUUCCAGCUUUUAGGCUUAUAAGCCCUGCAAUCAUUGAUUUGUCUUCUAACGAAUUCUCAGGUGAAUUUCAAGCUGACUUUCUUAUUGCAACUAAUGUUCUUGUAUUAGGCAAAAAUAAGUUUUCUGGCAUCUCGCCUGGAAACUUUACUAGAAUGAGCAAUCUUGCAUACCUAGACAUGCAUGACAACAAAAUCACAAGUAAAUUACCACAUUUUAUUUGCCAAAUUUCCACCCUUCAAAUCCUAAAUUUACGAAACAACUCCAUCCAAGGUUUAGUCCCAGAUUGUAUUUCCAAUCAUCCUGGCCUCCAAAUUCUUGAUCUCUCAAGCAACCAUCUUGUUGGAGAAAUCCCUCUAAAUUUUGGAAAGCUUACUGGUAUGAUCGAACCAACCAAUGUAUUUUCGUUUGUUACUUCUAUUGGAAUGGGUGGUUUCAGCUUGGAGACCAAGAUUCAGGAUUUGAUUUUCAAUUGGAAGAAGUCAAAACAAGGUCUAUCAUUCAAAAACCUCAUGCUCUAUUCUUUGUUAGACUUGUCAAGUAAUCAACUUUCUAGUGAAAUUCUAGCUUCAUUGGGAAGUUUGAAGGCUCUAAAGCUUCUCAACGUCUCAUUUAACAACCUUUAUGGGAGAAUACCCAAAAGUCUUGGAGAUUUAAAGAAUCUAGAGAGUUUGGACUUGUCACACAACAAUUUAUUGGGCUCAAUUCCACAAUCACUAGCAAAGUUACAACAACUGACUAUUUUGGAUGUUAGUAACAACAAGCUCAUAGGUAAGAUUCCAGUGGGUAACCAAAUGGAUACAAUGAAUGAUCCAAACUUUUAUGCCAACAAUAGUGGAUUGUGUGGAAUGCAAAUUCGGGUGCCAUGUCCAGAAGACAUGUCACCAACAAAACCACCAAGAGUUGAGAGUAAGGAAACAUGGUUUUCGUGGGAAGGAGUGGGAAUUGGAUAUGCCCUUGGCUUCUUUAUAGCAGUGGGAAUCUUUUAUCAUGCUGAGUAUUUUGUCCUUGCAAAAUAUAUCAAUUACCGUUGUCAACAAAGAAGGUAA